AUGGAGAUCUUCUGUCGAAAUAUCCCAGACCAGGUCCAGAACAACCACCUGAAGAAGGAAUUCAGACCAGUGCUCUCUCAAUUCGACAUCCACUAUUUCCACUGUCGCAAACUCCCACAUCGAAAUGCAGUGCUCACUAUCAGUGACGUGGCUAAGGCCUCAAAAGUCCUCGCCGUCUAUGGCCAGACCACUGGGCCUGGUAAGAAACGGAGAGCUACCAAACCGUUGAGAAUGUUUGGGCAGAUUAUUUACCUGGAAUUGAGCCGAAAUCCGCCAGACAAUUUUCUGCUUCUCGCAUUGAAGAAUGAGGAAGAAACGCGUCUCAAUCGUGGUAGUACGGUGCUUAGCAACACACGCAACUCCCGUCAUACAGCACCUGUUAAACGGGUCAAGACUUUCUUCAUCACCACCAUGUCCUGCGGCACGUGGGAUUACCAUGAGGGGAACCCGGUGUUUAUUGAAUGUUUUCGCACUGGAAAGAUUGGCAAGAUAGCGUUUUGCAAGUCGGCUAUCCGCGUUACAUUGGAAACAGGGACGGACAUCUAUCAUUUGGAGUUUACCUAUUCCAAUAUUCCUGGAUCGAUCUACACUGGCACGGAGAACUCGCCUUCCAUCACAAUCACGGCCAACACCGCACCAAGACUGUACAAGACGGAGGCCGCAGAUGUAAUAACUGGGCUAGCAUCACUUGGAUUACAACAGAAAUGGCCGAGAGGUCUGCCACCAAAGACUAGAGUUGGUCAUUUCAGAGAUGACCAUGCUGCUCUUGCGGGCACUUGCUUCGUCUACAGAUUUCUCCUGAAAGAUUCCACAGAUCUCAAAGCCGUUCGCGACCUUGCCCACGAGCGCCAUAUCCCGGAAAUAGCGAGAUGGGUCGAGCAUCGCGCAAAGUAUGACGUAUCCUAUUCGACAUUGAUGGAUAGGUUUAUGGCCUUCUUGACCGGGGGCGAUUUACCAUACCGCGUCAUGUUUCAGCUGCAGAAACUAGUAUGGAACGGCGCCAUAUCUCCUGUAAACGCUAUCUCAUUUGCAUACCGCGUGGAAAAGGAGCUAGUCGACGCAGAUCUAGAUGUUGUUGUUCAAGCCCUUGACAAAUUAGAGAGGGAUAUUCAAUGGUCAUCACCAGAUGUUCAAGCAUCUGAGGUUGACGUGGUUGCCUUGAUGAAAUUAUUUGCGAAUGCUCUUGAAAUUGUCGUCCGUGAGAAAGCACUGAGUCGCUCCAAUCGCCCAAUUCACCCGAAUAACAUCCUCAUCCACCGUGCCCAGGUCACUCCCUGCGGCAUUUACCUUUACGGACCCCAACUGGAAACCAAGAACCGAGUCCUGCGCAUCUAUGAAGCGAAUGUCGACCAUUUCCUCCGGGUAGAAUUUGUGGACGAGAGUGGAGACCCAGUCCGAUAUGACUCCCGUGCAUCCGUCGAUGCGAUAUUCCAAUCCCGCUUCAAAGGCGUGUUGAAGGAGGGGAUCACUAUUGCAGGCCGCAAGUUUGAGUUUCUUGGCUUUUCUCACUCGUCAUUGCGCUCCCAGACAUGCUGGUUUGUGGCGCCUUUUGUUUCGGGUGGGACUCUAUAUAACGCCACGGUUAUUAUUCAGAAUCUGGGCAGAUUUGACCACAUCCAUUCCCCGGCAAAACAGGCUGCAAGAAUCGGGCAGACGUUUUCAGAUACCCUAACCUCGAUACCGAUAUCCUUUGACAUGCUUUCGGUGGGUGAGGAUGUUGAACGCAAUGGACGGAUAUUUAGUGAUGGCGUUGGCACAAUAUCGCCUUUUUUGAUGUAUGAAAUAUGGAAGGACCAUUCGUUGCGGGCGAAGGUGAAGCCUACUGUUUUUCAGAUCCGGAUUGCAGGAGCCAAAGGAAUGAUCGGCCUCGACAGUACAAAAACUGGGAAAUCGCUAAUGCUCAGAAAAUCAAUGGUUAAAUUCCCUGUCCCGGAAACUGUUGGUGGAUUGAAUAUCGAAUUGUGCGGAUCGGGGUUAAAGGCUUUGCCCUUCUUCCUAAACGCGCAAUUGAUCAAAAUUCUUGAAGAUCUAGGAGUGGAGCAGAGUGCAUUUCUAAAGCUGCAGGCGGAUGAAAUUGAGAGACUCCGUGCUACGGCACCGUCAACUGCACAGGCCGCUAGGUUUUUGGAAGAUACGCAUAUAGCAAAGUCGAUAGGGCUCCCAUGGCUUAUUAGUAUUUUGGAAGGCUUCAGACUUAGCCAUACUGAUGAUGAAUUCUUGCGACGAGUUAUGGAGCUUGCUGUUCUGAUUAAGCUACGAGAUUUGAAGUACCGUGCUCGGAUCCGAGUCCCGAAUGCCGUGACGCUCUUUGGUAUCAUGGAUGAAACCGGAAUCCUCAAGGAAGGAGAGAUUUUCUGCGUUACUCUGAGUGAAGAUGGUCACAGAGAGGUGCUUGUCAGACCUAGGGUUGUCGUUACCCGUUCGCCAGCUAUGCAUCCUGGGGACGUCCAAGUGGCCAAGGCGGUCGAUGUCCCAGCCGACUCUCCCCUUCGCCAGCUACAUAACUGCAUCGCUUUUAGUCAAUACGGCGACCGUGACCUCCCCAGCAUGUUGAGCGGUGGUGAUCUCGAUGGUGAUCUGUAUAACGUCAUAUACGAUGAAACCCUAAUUCCUAAGAUAACGGUACCCCCCGCGGAAUACCCCCGCGUGGAGGAGAAGGUGCUUAACCGGCCGGUAGUGACUGAUGAUAUCAUUGAUUUUUUCGUUACGUUUAUGCAGCAGGAUCAGUUGGGGCGGAUUGCCACGAUCCAUCAGGCGAUUGCUGAUCAGCGGGAUCGUGGAACUUUUGACGAACAGUGUUUGUUGCUUGCCGAGCUACAUUCUACCGCUGUUGACUUCUCGAAGAGUGGAGUCCCUGUCGACCUUGCACGUAUCCCCAAAUUCCCACGAUACCGGCCAGACUUCCAGGCCCACGGCCCCCGCGUCCGCAUCGCAGAAAGUCUGUCUUUGUUUGAAGAAGACGAGGAGACGACUGCUCAGGACCUUCAUGAUGAUGAGGACGACGAGCGCCCACCCACCAGGUUCUAUAAGAGCUACAAAAUCCUAGGGAAACUGUACCGCUCCAUAGAUGAAGUGGAUUUCCUUCACAAAUGGCAGCAUGCCACGCAGCGUCCCUCGGGAUUGGCUACGCCAAGCGUGCUUAUGGGUGUGUGGGCAUAUGUGCAGGCGGAGACGAAGGGGUUUUUGUGGGAUCAUCAUAUUGAGAAUGCACGUUAUAUUCGUGAGAUUUAUGAAGACAAUCUCUGGGGUCUCAUGCAUCGUUACUCUUCCACUCCCUGGAAGAGUUUCAUUUCCGAAUAUGAGGUGUUCGUUGAAUACAAUAACCUCAUCGAAUUCAUCACCGCCAUGAUCCAAGACCGCGAGUCAGGCGGCAUGGAAGCUCUCGAGCGCUCCAUCGCCUGCCUUCAUAUUGCUGUGGAAGAGGAGAUGGAAGCAAAUGGUAUGAAGGAUAACCCGCAGUUGUCCCGCUCAAAGACAUUCAGACACAAUAACUCGGACGCUGGCUAUUAUCGGCCUCCGGACCAGUCAGGGAUGGCAGAGAGGACGGAUAAACAUGGCAAGAAGAAGCGCAAGCUUAUUAGUUUCCGGUGGAUCGCGGCCAUUGUGUGUCUGAGAGAGGUUGAUAAGUUUCAACAGACUUUGCCGUUUUAG